AUGUCCAGUCGAUCAUUAAUAUCCAAUCGCAGAGAAAGCGCACACUCCUACGGGAGCAAUGACAUAGAAUCUAACAUUAGUAACAAACAAGACGAUACUGAAACCCAAACGUCUAUAAUUAAUAAACUAUUCGGGUCCAUUGAUCCAAGAGUAAUUAGUGACCUAAUAAUAGGUUUAUCGGACGGACUAACUGUCCCAUUUGCCCUCACUGCCGGUCUAUCUUCAUUAGGAGAUGCCAAGUUGGUCAUCACCGGUGGAUUUGCUGAGUUAAUUUCGGGUUCCAUAUCAAUGGGACUAGGUGGCUACUUGGGUGCCAAGAGUGAAUUAGAUUACUAUUUUGCGGAGGUUAAACAGGAGAAAUUGAAAUUUUAUAAUGAUAUGACAUUAAUAAAUCAUGAAAUUGAAGAUAUACUACUGGAUAUCAAUCCGGAUUUUAAUGAGCAGACUAUAAUCUCAUUCAUUAAGGAUCUACAAAAGGAUCCACAAUCUAUGAUUGAUUUUAUUAUUAAGUUUGGCAGAGGGUUGGAUGAACCUAACGCUAAUAGACAAUUUAUUAGUGCCAUCACCAUUGGGGGCGGAUAUUUCAUGGGUGGACUGGUUCCAUUGUUACCAUAUUUUUUUGUAAAUGAAGUGGGUUCAGGAUUAGUCCUUUCGGUUAUUGUUAUGGUUAUAACAUUAUUUUGGUUUGGAUAUGUAAAAACUCAAUUAUCAAUGGGGGAUGCCUGUACAGUUUCAAGGAAGGUUAAGGAAGGAUUCUUGAUGGUUAUAGUUGGUGGGGUUGCUGCUGGUGCAGCUUGGUUCUUUGUUAAAUUAUUGAAUUAA